AUGUCGGCUCCUACUCAGCAUGGAGAUGCGGUCGCCCGGGGCACCACUACCCGCGACAUGCAUAACCACCUUCUCUUUGAGAUUGCCACCGAAGUUGCAAACCGAGUUGGUGGUAUCUACUCCGUUCUCAAGUCCAAGGCUCCUGUCACCACCCUCGAAUAUGGUGACCGAUAUACGUUAAUCGGUCCUCUGAACCGACGAUCCGCCGCUGUUGAGGUUGAAGAGAUUGAGCCCACAUCGCCCGAGAUCAAAGCCACGAUAGACUCGAUGAAGGAGCGUGGUGUUGACAUUGUCUACGGCCGAUGGCUUGUCGAAGGUGCUCCCCGCGUCAUCUUGAUCGACACUUCCACUGGCUACAAGUGGCUGGAUGAGUGGAAGCGUGACCUCUGGGAUGUCGCCGGUAUCCCCUCUCCUCCCGAUGAUCAUGAGACUAAUGAGGCUAUCGUCUUUGGCUACCUCGUAGCGUGGUUCCUGGGAGAGUUUGCGCGCAAGAUCGAUGUGACCACCGUCUUUACUACACACGCCACCAUUCUCGGCCGCUACCUUUGCGCAGGCUCGGUCGAUUUUUACAACCACCUCCAGUGGUUCGAUGUGGACCACGAGGCUGGCAAGCGCGGCAUCUACCACAGGUACUGCAUUGAAAGGGCCUCGGCGCACUCUUCCGACGUCUUCACCACAGUCUCCCACAUUACCGCCUAUGAGAGCGAGCACCUUCUCAAGAGGAAGCCCGACGGCGUCCUGCCCAACGGCCUCAACGUGACCAAGUUCGCCGCCGCCCACGAAUUCCAGAACCUACACCAGGCUUCUAAGGAAAAGCUCCACGACUUUGUGCGAGGCCAUUUCUACGGUCACCUUGACUUCGAUCUCGACAACACCCUCUACUUCUUCACCGCCGGUCGUUACGAGUUCAGGAAUAAGGGCGUGGACAUGUUCAUCGAGUCCCUGGCCCGCCUCAACCACCGCCUCAAGGCUGCGGGAAGCAACCUCACUGUAGUAGCCUUCAUCAUCAUGCCCGCCCAGACUACCCAUCUUACCGCGGAGUCGCUCAAGGGACAGGCCGUCAUCAAAUCUUUGCGGGAAGCCGUCAGCGUCAUCGAGCGCAACAUCGGCAAGCGCCUGCGCCUGUUCAGCAUGAAGCGCUCGGCCCUUCCUCCCAUCGUCACCCACAACAUGGUCAACGACCACGAAGACCCCAUCCUGAACCAGCUCCGUCGUGUCAAACUUUUCAAUGACCGCGAGGAUCGGGUCAAGGUCGUUUUCCACCCCGAGUUCCUCAACUCUUCCAACCCCCCCUGGGGCUACACCCCGGCCGAGUGUACCGUCAUGGGCGUGCCUAGCAUCACCACCAACCUUUCCGGCUUUGGCUGCUACAUGGAAGAGCUCCUGGACUGCGGCCCCGAGUACGGCAUCUUUAUCGUUGAUCGUCGCAUGAAGGGCGUCGACGACUCGGUGAAUCAAAUGACCGACUUCAUGUUUGAGUACUGCCUCAAGAGUCGCCGAGAGCGCAUCAACCAGAGGAAUCGCACCGAGAGGCUCAGCGAUCUCCUCGAUUGGAGAAGGAUGGGACUCGAGUAUAGCAAGGCCCGCCAACUUGCUCUCAGGCGCGCUUAUCCUAACGAGUUUUCCGAGGACGACGUCGUCUGGGACUGGGUCCCCGGCGUGAAGCAGAAGAUUGGCAGGCCUUUCUCUGUUCCCGGCUCUCCCGAAGGCAGGGAAGGCUUGAGCACGGAGGAUUAUAUCGCUUGGAAGCUUCAGGACGAACAUGAGGACGAGUACGACCACGACUUUUCAGUGGCGGUUCGACCGAAGCCUUCAGGUCCCGCGAGUCCAGUAGACACACCGAAGGUGAAUGCUGUCGACGACCACAACGAUUAA